GAUUUUUUGUCUCAUUGCACACACAGUAUAGAGACACUGGGAUAUCAUGCGCUUCAGCGUCUUGUUCUUCAUCGUCCUCCUGGGCUUCCUCUACCUCACACUGGCUCAAGGCUCGUAUGAGGACUGCUGUCUGCGGUACGUUAGAAACGUUAAACAGUCCAUGAAGAACAGAGUGACCAGCUACAGAAAACAACAGCAGGACGGAGGCUGCAACAUCCCUGCUAUUGUCUUCACACUGAGACACGGCCGUAUGUUUUGCGCUGAUCCCAGAGAGAAAUGGGUCCAUGAAAUCAUGCAGCGGGUGGACAGACUGCAAUCAUCCUCAUCUAUGAAGAGGAAGAAUGUAAGGGGCUAAACAAGCGAGAUGACCAGUGGGAAAGCUGCCCGAGUGUCUCGGCCAAUCACAUUCUUUCUUUGAGUUCCGGCUCUCCGAGCGCAUAUUUCAGCAUGGAUUGGCUGGUGUUCUUCACAGUACUUCCUGUGUUUUCCACUUCCUGUGGUAUCAGGUGGUAUUUCCUGUUUCCAGACCUUUGUCUCUUCACUGACGGACUGCUGGUUUAAUGCACAGAAUGGGAGAUGGCCACUAUUUUCCCUUUUCCACAUGCUGCUGUAACCCUCACUUCCAGGCUGUGUUACCAAACCUCGUGAGCUGCCUUGAUGUCUACUUCUAAGUGCAUAUAAGCAACUC